GCUCUGCACAGGUCCGAUCGGAGGGGCGUUGCUCUCCUGGUUGAUUCGUACGCGAACGCCCUCCGUACGUGAAGCUGCUGCUGAUUGUUGCUUUCUGCCCAGAUUCAGAUCUGGAUUGAAAAAAAAAUGAAAAGAGGAGGGCAGUCUGUGUAUCAGUAUGGCAUCCUCGUCUGCAGGCUAUGUGAGUAUCCCUCGGUGCCCAGUGAUAUUUGAUGGCACCAACUAUGGAGAGUUUGCCGCCUUUAUGCGCAUCCAUAUGCGUGGUCUCCGAUUGUGGGGUGUUCUUACCGGCGAGGUCUCUUGUCCGCCGCACCCCACUGCUCCUGUGCCUCCUACUCCGCCGCCGGUGCCACAGGCCCUUGCUGAGGAUGCUACGCAGGCUGAUCGGGAUGCAGCCAAGUCUGCCGAGACUGCUGCUGAUGAGGCAUAUGAAGAGCAGGUACUUGCCUAUUCAGAGGCUCUUGGCUCCUACCGUGAUAGUUUGGCUACCUUUACUCAGUGGUGUGAUGAGGAUGCUAGAGCUGCCGCUGUUCUUUCGCAGAGUGUUCAGCCACAGUUUGCUUCUGAGUUUAUGGGCCUCGCUACUGUCGCUGAGAUGUGGUCUCACCUUCGUCAGCGCUAUCAGCCUUCUGGGGAUUCUCUGUACUUGUCUGUGUUGCGCCAGGAGCAUGAUCUUCAGCAGGGUGACUCUACUGUUGAUGAGUUCUACACUCGAGUGCGGCGAUCCGACGCCGACUUGACUCCCUUCGCGGUCGUUGUCGUGGUACUUGCCGGUGUUGCCGGACGAUACGUUCGGAUAUGGACUUUCGGAGGAUCCAUGAGUUCUCGUCUCGACUUCGUCCGAGUUUGA